AUGUGGACAGCCGGCAAUUACAUCUCGACACCAUCGACGGAUGCCGGCAGAUCAAGAGUACCAACACUACGCGACAAAGGCGAAAACGGAGACGUCAUAGAGGCUAAGUCAAAUAGGGAUAAAACUCACAUGUUUUGUAGAGAGUUCUUCCCAAUACCUCCAGAGAACCUCCAAGUCGACGAGGACGACCACGAAUAUCCAGAACCGAAGUUCAAAUUCGAGCCCAUUUCGGACGAGCGGAUCAAAAGCGUCAUCAAACGCCUCGCGCCGUACAAAGCACCGGACUCAGACGAGUACUCCAACGCCAUACUAAGACAAUGCACUGACAUCCUCGCCCCACGACUAGGCGUACUAUACAGGGCAGUCAACGAACUGAAGUACUGGCCGGAGAAGUGGUCCUAUAUAUCGACUAUUGUGCUACGCAAACCAGGCAAAGGCGACUACACCAAACCCGGAAGUCAUCGCCCCAUCUCCCUCAUCAAGAAGUUCGCCAUGGUAUACUCGAAAUGCCUCUCCGAAGACCUCAUCCAUCAGGUCGAAGCCCACGCACUGCUAGCAUCAACUCAAUUCGGA